AUGACUUUCCAUGGAAAAAAUCCACCCGAUGAUCGACCAAUUCGAUCGGAAUACGAUGAGUUAUGCCUAAGUUUGAAUAUGGAUAAAGAUACUGCACAAACUGCAUGGCAACGUUAUCAAGAUAUCAAAUUAAAAUUUACGUUAGAGGGCAAUCAUCUUCACUGGUUAACCUGCGCGCUAUUUGUUGCUGGCAAGCAAUCACGAUUACCAACUGUAGGAGAAGGAAUCCAAGUGGGUAACUGUAUUUCUCUCAGUCGUCUUAUUAAAGCAGCUAAUCUAAGCUUAAUUGAAUUCUUCAAUAAAAUCGAUAAAUGGAUCGAUAUGGCUUGCUUAGAUGAGGAUUUUCGGGGUCAAAUAAAUGUUAUUGAAAGAAACUUCGAAGUCGUUAGUGUCAUCUAUAAGAAUAAAUUUGAACCCAUCUUUCAACAUUUAUUCCAAUCUAAUGUAAAUGACAGCGUGCCACGACGCAAAUUAAGACACUCAAAAAUAUGUACUUAUCAACAAGUUUUUAGCUACUGCUGGAGCUUAUAUCUCUUGAUUAAAGGAAAAUAUCCUGACAUCAGGACUGAUCUGGUUAAUUCGUAUCAUCUCCUACUAUGCUGUAUUGAUCUUAUUUAUGCUAAUAUCGUUGUUGCAAACAGAAGGGACCUCUUAAAUCCUCAAUUAGAAUCGGACGCUUUAGUAGAAAGCGAAAGCAAUUCCAGUCCAGUAUCAGUUAUCGAAUAUUUAUGCAAACGUUAUGAAGGUAUAUCUAUAGAAGUUAAAGCAAUCAAGCAACAUCUUCUCUGGCUUUAUCUAGAAAAUUUAUUUGAUAAAAAUCAUCUUAGAGGCAAUAAGAAAACAUUUUGCGGUCUGCUCGAUCAAGGCAAUUUCGAUUAUAAUAACAAAUUUGUAUCAAAUUCCUAUGAUGAAUUUGUCUUAUCCAGUGGUGACUUUGAUGAGAGGAUCUUUCUUGGGAGUAAUGCUUACCUAGAUAUUGGUACGCCAGCGAAACUGCCGAAGGCGGCUCAUACUACAGCAGAAGCAAGGCAAAAUGUUACUAGAAAUUUACAGGAUCGAUUUCAAAAUAGUACAAUGAUUCCACAAACACCGUUAACUGGCCGUAACUUCCUUAAUCAAAAAGAAGAACGAACUCCUGUUUCCUCGGCAACACUUUCUGUUGGUCGUUUACAAGCUCUAUUAGCUAAGUGGACUGUUUCACCUUCUAAUAAGUUGUUGGCUAUAUUUGGGGACUGUUCGAACGAUCUUCUGGAUAUCAUUCAAUCUCGCAUUAAUGAAUUAAAGGAAACUUUUUAUGACAGUUAUACAAAGAUUGAUGAUGAAAGAUCAAAAUCACCGAUCGAUUUUGCCGAAAAUAGGUGGAAUCUCGGGAUAAAGCUAUAUUAUAAGACUCUUGAAAGUAUUAUCUUGGCCGAAAAAAGGCGUAACAAAACUUCUGGAGAACUGAAAAUCUUACUUGAAAAAGAUGUUUUUCAUCGAUCUUUAUUGGCGUGUUGUUUGGAAAUCACAAUUUUCUCAUAUGGAUCACAAAAGACCUUUCCAUGGAUCGUUCAAGUUUUCGGUCUUUCACAUUAUUACUUUUAUAAGGUAAUCGAAAUUGUUAUACGAACAGAACAUGGAUUGCCUCGUGAAGUCGUUAAACAUUUAAAUUACAUUGAAGAGAGUAUUUUAGACCACUUAGCCUGGGUAUCAGGUUCUCCAUUAUUUACAGCAUCCGAUAAUGGUUUAAUUGCUAUUCCAUCUUAUGAAGAGGUUUGUAUUCCUUCUAAUGAAGAAGGACAUUCCAACAAACCAGCAAUAACAAAUAUUGUACAUCCACAAAUGCGUAGAUUAAAUCCUGCUUUAGCUGGGCCAAUAGAGUCGAAAGGAUUCCCUGUUGCGGAAAGAUACAGUUCCCCUAUGAAAAAGAGCAUAGAAGCAAGAAGUAUUACCGAUGCUAAGGACACUUCGAAGCCAAAACGAACGGGUUCUUUGGGAUUAUUUUUUAGAAAGUUUUAUUACUUAGCGAGUGUAAGACUGAAAGAUCUAUGUCGUUCGUUACACCUAGGCGAAGAUUUAACAUCCAAAAUCUGGACAUGUUUUGAAUAUUCAGUUAUGCACUGUCACGAAUUAAUAAUUGAUCGACAUCUAGAUCAGUUGCUAAUGUGUGCCAUCUAUGUCAUUUGCAAGGUUUCAAGGAAAAAUACAAAAUUCUUGGAAAUCAAAGAUUGCUACAAUCGUCAACCACAAGCUAAAAAACAUCUUUAUCGCAAUGUAUUAGUGAGAAAACGUAAAGGGAAAAGUGAUAACAAAUCGGUUGAGAGUAGUAGAAAUUCAAGUCCUGUUAGCCCACCAAUUAUUAUAUCUGGGUCAACGACCAUUUACCAAGAGCAGAACGAAACUGCUAUGCGAAGUUCCAGUACACUAUCGCAAACGCCAACCCCAUCUUGUUCUGAUGUUGACGUUGAAAAUGGCGAAUUAGAAGACGUUCGUGGAGACUUAGUUCAAUUCUAUAACGAGGUGUAUCUUGAUGCAAUGAAAGAAUUUGUGCUACGAUUUUUACCGGAGAACGGAAAUUCACAAGUAUCAGGGCGACAUUCAGUCUUUGUAUCUAUAUUUGGAUGUGAUUCACCACCACUAUCACCGAAACCGAAAAUGUUAUACUCAUUCCAAGAAAGCCCAGAUACGAUAUUAAAAGAUAUCAACGAUGCCGUUAAACAGUCAGAAAGAACUGGCGAUAAAUCAAAAGCCUUUACUGCACGUGGAAGAGCAAAGCGUGCAAUUUUACAAAAUGACGAACCGGAUAUCUUACCCAAACGAAGUCGACAAAGUGAAGUUUUAACUAAACGUUUAUCUAAUUUAACGUCGGAUAAGGAAAAAGUUAAACGAUCACAAGGAGAAUAA